UCACUCUUUCUUAAGUUGUCCUAGAAGUUGGUUGAUUGAUGAUUUUAUGGUAGCCUAAUAUAAUGUGGAUGUUCUGGUUUCUGACCUGCUGCCUAGCAGCACGGCAGAAGAGGGAUGAUGGUUCAGCUGCCAUUAAGAAAAAGGUUAAGAAAUACAAACUGUGGGAGUUGAAUCUAGAAUUGUUCAAUUUGGGUGUCCACCUUGAUGAGGACAGUUACAGGAAUGAAAUGAAAAACAAAAAGAAGAUCAAGCAGGCACUCCAGAAGCGUCUCAUUAGUGAGCUGCUGAAGAUACAUGUGGACAGAGCCAACAAGAGGGCUAAAGAACUCCACAUGAGUAACCCAGAUGUUAUGACCCAGAAUGUGUUGAAUUAUGGGAAUACUUCACAACAGAGCGAACUGGAACAGACAGAGAGCCAUAACAAGAAAAUGGAAGGUGAUGUUCUUAGUAUUCUUCACAACCUUAUGGACAAAGUUGAGGAAAACAAUGACGGUGCUGAUGGAAAUCCCAUUAUCCUGGACGAAGUGGAGAGCACUAUGACUCUGAAUCUGAUUUCUGCUGAGGGCUUGAAUAAUGAAACUAUGGACAAAAUGGCAAAGGACGAUGUAAACAGCACCAGAGUGAAACACGACACAGGGGAAGGUGACAACUUCAGCAUGGUGUGAAAAAAAUGUGAAAAAGUGUUGGAGUUGGACUGGAGACAUGUAAUGAAGGAGGACAGGAAAUCCCUUUUUGGUGCUGUUCUGACAAAAGCCUGGUUCUUCUGUUGUUCCUGCUAACCCCCCCCUUCUGACAAAAGCUCUUCAGUAAAAGUUUAAUUGAAUCUAA